AUGUGCUCCGCGAUGAACAUUUUUCCACUACUCUUAUUCAUAUUUUGGCAAUGCCACGUGGCAUUUGGCGCCGCCGCCCAAAACAACAUUCAUCAUACUAGUACACCAAUUGACACUGUGUUAGUCUCCGGGGAUACGGUGAGUCGUUUUUUUGGAAAAAUGUGUCAAGUGGCCAUAAAACAUGAGAGAUUGAUGGGAUUUUGAAGAAAAGGGCGAAAAAAUGAUCGUGGGAAAAUUUUGAAAUUCAAAAAAAAAUUUGACACGCUCACGUGAAAAUCCAACAAAAUUUCGCCAUUUCAACAUUUUUUUAAUUUGGAAAAUGGUUGGAUUUUCAUAAUGUGAAGAGUACUGUAGAUGAUCCGGGGUACUGUAAAUGUAAUACCCAUAUACAGUAUGAUUUUCAGAUCUUCAUCGCAUCUGUUGAUCAAAUUCAAGCGAUUGGUGUGAAGAAUUUGACGCCUAGGGAAAAUUUGACAAUUGGACCUGUGGCUGAUUCACCGUGGUGUAAUGCGGAUGGAAAAUCGUGCUUGAAGUGAGUUUUUUUUGUCUGUGUGAGAGAUACAAGGAUCAAAAAAUUUUGUUUUAUGAAAAAUUUUAGAUAAAUUUUGAAACAGUUAAAUUUUUUUCUCAAAUUGUUGAUUGUGAGAUAAUUUACUAGUUUUUUUAGCGAAUAAAAAAUUUAAUAGAAAUUUUGAAACAGUGACAUUUUUUUUAUAUGAAAUUUGAUUAAUUUUUAGAAUAGUAAAAGAUGAUGGGACUAGAUUUUCUAACACCAAAAAUAUUAUAACGAAAUUUUGAAACAGUGAAAUUUUUUUCAAAAUGUUUUGAAAAAAGUACUAAUUUUUGUAGCGAAUUAGAAAUCACAUAGAAAUUUUGAAACAGUGAAAAUUUUUCAAAAAUCAUUUUUGGGUAUUUUUUUCAAAGGAAUAUUAAGAUCAAUAUAAUCGACUUGUUCAAAAUAUAUAAAUAUUUUGAAACAGUCCAUUUUUCUCAAUAUUUUUUUCAAGAAAUAAAAAUGACAAUGUAUCAAAAAUUUUGAAACAGUCAAUUUUUCAAUGUUUUUUGCGUAUUCGGUAAAAAAAGUAUUAUUGUUAUCAACUUUUCAACCAAAAAAUAUAGCACAAUUUUGAAACAGAGACAUUUUUAGAAAACAAUUUUGAACAAUUCUAUUUUGUGGAUUUUUUAUAACGAUAAAUCAACACAAAAACAAAUUAUGGAAUAAUUUUGAAACGUAAAUUUUCCGGAUUCAUAUAUUUUCCCGGAAUUGGGGGACGAAAGAAGGAUAAUGAAAUAUUAUUUUCCAAUAUUUUGCACAAUUUUUUCAAAGUUUAUUUUUCCAAAGUUGGUUACAAUGCGUUAUUAUCAACUUUCUCAAAACCAAACAUAUAUUAAAAUUUUGAAACAGUGACAUUUUUAGAAAACAAUUUUGAACAAUUCUGUUUUGUGGAUUUUUUGAUGGAACGAUAAAUAAAAACCAAAAAAAUUUAUGGAAUCAUUUUGAAACGUAAUUUUUCUAUGAAAAAAUUGUGCAAAAUUUUUUUUAAAUUCUAAAUUUUUCGCUUUUUUUCUCGAAAUUGGCUUAAUGUUAUCGUCGUUUCCAAAUAAAUAAAAAAAAAGAACAAUUUUGAAACAGUGCAAUUUCAGAGAAGAAAAUUGCGCAUAAUUUUUUUUCGAUUUUUUUUUCUCCAUAAAUACGAUGAGAUUAUCAACUUUUUCGAAACCAAAAAUAUUUAUAGAAAAAUUUUGAAACGUAAAUUUUCAAUGAAGAAAAUUGCGCAUAUUUUUCUUUUCGAUGUUUUUUUCUCCAUAAAUACGAUGAGAUUAUCAACUUUCUCAAAACCAAAAAUAUUCAUAGAACAUUUUUGAAACAGUAAAAUUUUUCAAUUUAAAAAAUUGUGCGCAUUUUUUUUAAAUUCUAAAAUUUUUCGCUUUUUUCUCGAGAAAUAAAAGGAGGCAGAAAUAUUAUCAAUUUUUUCAAAACCAAAAAUAUUCAUAGAAAUUUUGAAACAGUGAAAUUUCACAAAAGAAAAUUGCGCAUAUUUUUCUUUUCGAUUUUUUUUCUCGAUAAAUACGAUGAGAUUAUCAACUUUUUCGAAACCAAAAAUAUUUAUGGAAAAAUUUUGAAACGUAAUUUUUCUAUGAAAAAAAUUGUGCAAAAUUUUUUUAAAUUCUAAAAUUUUCGUUUUUUUUUCGAGUAAAAUUAAUUUGCUAUUAUCGUCAUUUUCAAAACCAAAAAAAUUAUAGAACAUUUUGAAACAGUGAUUUUUCUAUGAAAAAAUUGUGCAAAAUUUUCGCUUUUUUUUCUCCGGAGAUAAUAGAAUGAGAUUAUCGUCAUUUUCAAAACCAAAAAUAUUUAUAGAAAAAUUUUGAAACAGUGAAAUUUCACAGAAGAAAAUUGUGAAUCGUUUUUUUUAUUCUAAAAUUUUCGCUUUUUUUUCGAGUAAUCAUUAAUUUGCUAUCAUCGUCAUUUUCAAAACCAAACAUAUCCAUAGAAAUUUUGAAACAGUGAAAUUUUCCAGAAAAAAAUUGUGCACAACUUUUUUUGAUUCUAAAAUUUUUGCUUUUUUCUCGAGAAAUAAAAAGGAGGCAGAAAUAUUAUCAAUUUUUUCAAAACCAAAAAUAUUCAUAGAAAUUUUGAAACAGUGAAUUUUUUGGAUUCAAUUUUUUCCGAAAAAAAUUUAUAGAAAAUUUUUUUCAGAGAUCACCGUCCAAUUCUAACCCACGUUCACACGAAAAUCCUCCAUCCUCUCCCAAAUUCUCAACUUCUAAUCUGCACAUCAGUCAAACUCGGAUCAUGUUCAACAUAUUCUACAAAACUCUCUCUCAUAUCAAUUUCCUCCACUCCAGUCGCUGCAAAUUCCGCCAACGCUUCCACGGUUUCUCUAAUUCUCCCGGACACAAAUCGAUUAAUUGUCGCAGCUUCUCCCACAGCCGAUUCACCAUAUCGUGAUCCAUUCCCAGCUGUUUCAAUGCGAAGUCUUCCUGGUUUAUAUGUUGAAAAUGCUGGAGAUUUGGAAGGUGAAGCUGCCGUGUUUUUGAGAAGUGCCUGGAGAAGUUCGAUGAAGUAUAUCUAUACUUUUGCUUAUGAGCAUUUUGUUUUUAUUGUUGGAAGUAUGACACAAAGAAAUGGACAAGCAACGACGAGAUUGAUUAGAUUUUGUAGAAAUGAUACAAAGUGAGUGUUUUUGGGGAAAAAAACUUGAAAAUUGGCCUAGGAAAGGCCUAGAUUUGCGAAAAAUUAGUCUAGAAGUUCAGAAAUCUGAAAGCUGACCUAAAGUUUUGAAAAAAAAAUGAUUUAGAAUCGUCUAGAAAUAAAGUUCUGAAUUUUCAACUAUUCAUCUGUUGAUGAUCAGAAAAUCUAAUUUUUAAAAAAUGUUUUUCUUUUUUUGAAACAGUGGAUUUUUUUGAAGAUUGGAAACAAUUUGUGCUUGAAUAUUGAAAAAUGGCCUAGAAACCCAGAAAAUUAUCACUGGGAUCCUAAAAAUUGUCUGGAAUCCAGGGGAAUCCAAAAAUUAGCCCGGAAAUUCAGAUCUGGCCUGAAAUUUUGAAAAAAAUGAUUUAGAAUCCUCUAGAAAUACACUUCUGAUUUUUUUUUUCAACUAAUCGCUUGAGGAUAGGAUAAUCAGAAAAUUCAAUUUUUUAAAAAUUUUAUUAUUUUUUUGAAACAGUGAAUUUUUUUGAUAAUUAAAAAAAUUAAAAUAAAACAUUUUUUUUUGAAAUUUUCUUCUGCUCUGUAAAUUUGAAACAAAAGUUGGCCAAAAAAAUUCGUUUUUAAAAAUCCCGGGAAAAAUUGAUUUUCAGAAAAUUAGAUUUUUUUUCAAAUUUGGCAGCCUGAAGAAGCCAGAGAAGCUUGAAUAUUGAAAAAUGACCUAGGAAUCCACAAAAUUAGCCGGAAAAUUCAGGUCUGGCAUAAAAUUUUGAAAAAAAUUGAUUUAGAAUCAUCUAGAAAUACAGUUUUGAAUUUUUAAAGUAUCAGAAAAUCUAAUUUUUCAAACAUUUUCUUCUUUUUUUUUGAAACAGUGGAUUUUUUUUCGGAAUUUUUCAUUAAAAAUUACACGUGGCAAAUUUUUCUAAUGAUAAGUGUUAUUCAAAUUCUGGACUGAUCAGAAAAUCCAAUUUUCAAAAUAAAUUUCUUAUUUUUUUGAAACAGUGGAUUUUUGAUAAUUGAAAAAAAACGUUUUUUUUUUAAUUUUUCAAAUUUUCUUCUGCUCUGUAAAUUUUAAGCAAAAAUAAUUAGAUUUUUUUUUAAUUUCUGCUUUCAAACAUCCUAAGCCUAAGCCUAGAUUCAGCCUAAGUCAUAUGCAAAAAAAGAAGCGGAGCCCGGCACCAAUCAAUUGCACAUUAAGAACAUAAAUAAAAGCAAAAAAUGUACACAUUUCCGUUACCACCAAUAAUUUUUUAUGACCUCAUUUUUGUUGUUGUUCGGAGCCGAGCUACUUGGUUUUUGGGGGGUUUUUGAGCUCCAAAAUCCACGUGGCAAUAUAAAUUUACAAAUUUAUUUUUGAAAAAUAAUUUUGAAUUGAAAAUGAAUCCUGAGAUUUUGAUGAAAAAUUUUCAGAAGCUUGUUAUAGUUUUGCCACGUCAUAACUCAUAUUCAGAUUAGCGGAUCAAAAUUUACUAGAAAAAUAAUUUUUUCUCUUCCAGAUUCGUCUCAUAUUCUGAAAUCGAGCUUCAAUGUCGCGGAGAAGACAACACAAAUUACCCCCAAAUCACUGCAGUCGUACAAAAUGGCGAUAAAUUGGUGGCUGCAUUCUCGAACCCGCUGAACCCUCGAAAAUCAUCGAUUUGUGUCUUUUCGAUGCCAAGAAUCAAAUUGACUUUUUGGUAUAAUGUUGAUCGAUGUCGAAGUGGAACGGAUUCUAUUAAAUUGUCGCAUAUUGGAAGGGAUACAAAAUGUGUUAAUGUGAGUUUAAAAUUUUUGAAAAAAUUUGAAAGAAAAUAUCAUUCUUUUUGUUCUAGUUGUUCAAUGUUUACUACAGAAAUUCACUGUUUCAAAUUUUUUUUAAAUACAUUAGUUUUCAUUUUUGUGAUGUUUUUGUGACCCAGCGAUAUCUAAAACUAUGAAUCUAUUUUAAAAAAAAACAAUUAAAAAAUUGUUCCAAAUUAUUCCUGAAAUAAAUUACUGUUUCAAAAAUUCAUGUAGAUUUUUGUCGGUUUUUUUGCAAUUUGAUUUGAGAUUAUGCGAUUUAUUGAAUUUUUAUGGUUCUAAAAAAAUUCACUGUUUCAAAAAUAUUUAAUCUUGAAAUCGUAUUAGAAUGAAUAGUUUUUUCAGCCAAUACAAGAUAAUAAAUAAAUUAAUAUGUAGAAUAAUAAUAAGGACCAGAUUUGAAGUUAUGCGAAUUUUUAUGGUUUGAAAAAAAUCACUGUUUCAAAAAAUUCAUAUGAAUUUCUCAAUUCACAAAAACCACAAUUCAGUCGAUUUUUCCACGAUAACUCGUAAUCUAUUUUUUCAAAAAAAAAAUUUGAAAAAAUCCUGAUUUUACAGUAAUUUUAAGGUUUUUUCUAGUAUUUUCUAAUAUAAAAACUCUAAAAUUUCCAUUUUCCAAAAAAAAAUUCACUGUUUCAAAAAAAAAAUAAAUAGAAGAAUUCUUUUAUUUUUUUCAGAAAACUUAUUAAAAUAUUUUUUGGCUCCAAAAAAUUUACUGUUUCAAAUAUAUUUUAUUUCAAUUUCUUAAUUUAAUCGAGUGAUUUUCUUAUCAUAUUAUCUAAAACAAUUCGCUCAAAUUACAAAAUUUCUGAUUGUAAAAAUCAAUCUUCCAAAUAUUCACUGUUUCAAAAAAUCAUAAAAAUUGUCCAAUUCACAAAAAAAACCAAUCGUCAUCCAUUUUCCAAUCAAAAUUAUAAUUUUUAUAAUCAAAAUUAAAAAAAAAUCACUGUUUCAAAAACAUUUUAUAUCAAUUUUUAAUUUAAUAAAUUCACUCAAAUCACAAAUUUUCCAAGUUUUCAUUUUUCAAAAAUUCACUGUUUCAAAAAAAUCAUAUGAAUUUUCCAAGCCCUAAAAUCCCCAAUACUCUUAUUUUAUGUAUUCGUUUUUCUCCAGAAAGCCCACAUUCCCCUUGAUGAAGAUAGUUGUGAACUCGGCGUUGGUGGCUCGAUUGAACUCGUCGAAAUGUCCACCAAAGACAUCUAUGCAAAUAUCACAUCACUAAUGUCAAUCGACAAAAAAGCGCUUUUUGUUGGCACAACAAAUGCACAGAUUAUUAUGGUAAGCUUAUUUUUGGGAGAAUUUUGAUUGAUGGGAAAAUAAAUGACACACUUUUUUUGGUUUGGAAAAUGUGUGUACGAAAAAUGGGGGUCAAGUGAAAAAAUCGAGUUCUGGUAGAAUUUAAGCCGCUGAACUCAAUUUUGAAUUGAGCUAUGACGUGGCAAAAAUUUGGAAAUUCACAAGGCUAAAAUGAAUAAGGAAGCAUUGCUCAUUUUAGUCGAAAAUUUCCAUUUUUUUCACAAUGAAGAACAGAAAAUGCUCAUUUCAACUGAAAAUGCAAAUAGAUUUUUCAACAAAAAAUAUUGCUCAUGUUAGUCCAAAAUAUUUGAAAAAAAUUUAUAUUCAAAUUUCUGUUGAGCAAAACAUUGCUCAUAUUAACCAAAAAAUCACACAAAAAUUUUUUUUUCCAAAAAUUUCACUGUUUCAAAAAAUGUUCUUCUUGAUUUCUUGAAUUAUGAAAAAAAUAUUUCCUGACUUUGAGAAUUUUGGUCUAUUUUUUCAAGACAAAAGAAAUGAGAGAAUAUUGGACUAACAUGAGCAAUGUAUGAUAUUUUGCUGUUAAAAAUCUUCUGAAAAAAUUCCAGUUAAAAUGAGCAAUGCCUUGUUUUUUGUUGGAAGAAAUAACAUUGCCACGUCAUAGCUCAUGUUAAAAAUUGAAUCCUGCUAUUUUCGACCACAGAAUCGUGAUCAGAAGGUCAAAAUCUACAUCAAAAAUUUUGAAAUUUUUCAGUUGAAAUGGGGAGAUUCGGAAUCACUUGAAGAAUACGGUCGCCGUGAUUUGGGAGAUCGAAGAACUGGAGCUGAAGUUCUGGCAAUUCACAGAUAUCAGGAUUUAUUCAUUGCCCAAAUGCCUUAUGGAAUUGUGGUUGAUGAGAUCUCGACUUGUUCACAUUUGAACUCGUGUGCUGAAUGUUUGCUCUCACCAGAUCCACUUUGUCAAUGGUGUCAUCCAACUCAGAGCUGUACAAUUGGCUCGAAAUGCGGUGUUGGUGUCUCGCAGAUUUGCCCGAGUAUUUCUGGAAUUCCGAAACCGGCGGCGAUGAGUGUGAAUACAACUGGACCUGUGACUUUUGAGAUUGAGAAUUUGCCGGCGCCACAUGGAUUUGUGAGUUUUGAUUUUUUUUUGGUUAUGACGUGGUAAAAAUUGAAAAUCAAAUUUGUAGCUUGGAUAUGCUUUUUUUUGAAUUUAAAAAAAUCACUGUUUCGAAUAUUUUUUUUAUCUAAAUAUAAAAUAUAGAAAAUUGUUGGGUGAAUUUUUUCAUUCUCCAAAAAUUUAACUGUUUCAAAAAAAUUCUCAUCUCGAUUUUGAAUGAUGAAAAAAUGUUGAGGGUAUAUUUUGCGCUUCAAAAUUUUAACCGAAAUUUCAGAAAAAAAAAUUCCUAUUUUUGAAAAAAUUCACUGUUUCAUGAAAAUCAUAAAUUUUUUUUUGAAAUUCGAAAAAAUAGUUGUCCCGGGUUUGUGAAAGUUUCAAAUAUCAGUGUUGAAAAUUUGUGAGUUUGAUAGGGAAUUCUUGAGUUAUGACGUGGAAAAUUUUUGAUACCUAGAAAUUGAUAUGAGAGCUCUGAAAACUUGAAACUCAUUUUUGAAAAAAAUUAAAAAUUUCACUGUUUCAAAAUUUUCUAAUCUAAUUUUCCAAUGUUUUUAAUUGUUCGACAUAUUUGUCAUGCUCUAAAAAUUUACUGUUUCAAAAAAUGUUCAAACAAAUUUCGAUCGAAGAGAAAAUAUUAUACCGUUUAGCUUCAGAUUUUAACCAAAAUUUCGAAAAAAUUCGAAUUAUGAUUUUUGAAAAAAAUUCACUGUUUCAUAAAAAUCAUGAAAUUUUUUUUUGAAAAUUUUUAUCUGAUUUUUAGUAUUUUCAAAUGUCAGUGUUGAAAAUUUUUGAGUCUGAUAGGAAAUUUUUUUAGUUAUGACGUGGUAAAUUUUUGAUACCUGAAAGUUUGAUUUGUAGCUUGAAACUCAUUUUUUUAAAAAAUUAAAAAAUUCACUGUUUUAAAAAAUGUUUAAUCUCAGUUCUAAUUUAUUGAAUUGUUUUUAGUUCAUUCUUACUUUUCAAAAAUCUACUGUUUCAAAAAAUGUUCAAUUAAAUAUUAUGAAAAAAUAUUAUAUAUAGCCCAAAAAUUGUAACCAAAAUUUAAAAACAAUAGAAUCUCAAUAUUUGAAAAAUUUCACUGUUUCAUAAAAAUCAUAAAAAUUAUUUGAAAAUUAGUCGUCUGUUUUUAGUAUUUUCAAAUAUCAGUGUUUAAAAUUUUUGAGUUUGAUAGGGAGUUUUUUUGAGUUAUGACGUGGCUAAUUUUUGAUAUUUAAGAAUUGAUAUAGAAGCUCUGAAAACCUGAAACUCAUUUUUGAAAUUUUUUUUAAAACUCACUGUUUCAAAAUGUUCUAAUCUAAAUUUCUAAUUUUUUUAAUUGUUGGGUUUUUUUCAUCCUUCAAAAAUUUCACUGUUUCAAAAAAAUGUUUAAUCUUAAUUUCUAAUUUUUUUUAAAUUGUUGGACAUAUUUUCAUUUUACAAAAAUUUACUGCUUCAAAAUUUUAACCGAAGUUUUAAAAAAAAUUCAGAUUCUAAUUGUUUAAAAAAUUCACUGUUUCAUAAAAAAUCAUGAAAUUUUUUUUGAAAACUGUUAUUUGAUUUUUGGUUAUGUCAGUGUUGAAAAUUUUCGAGUUUGAUGAGGACUUUUUUUGAGUUAUGACGUGGCAAAUUUUGGAUACCUGAAAAUUGUUAUGGGAGCUCUGAAAGCUUGAAACUCAUUUUUGAAAUGUUUAAUCUCAAUUUCUAAUUUUCUUAGUUGUUAGGUUUUUUUUCAUUCUUCAAAAAUUUCACUGUUUCAAAAAAUGUUCAAUUAAAUUUCUAAUUAUAAAGCAAUAUUGGAAUAGCUGAAUUUUUGGUCUGAAAAUUUUACCCGAAGUUUCAAAAAAAAAAUUCGACAUUUGAUUUUUGAAGAAAUUCACUGUUUCAUAAAAAUCAUGAAAAUUUUUUUGAAAAUGUUGAAAAUUAUGAAAAUUGUUAUCUGAUUUUUAGUAUUUUCAAAUGUCAGUGUUGAAAGUUUGUUAGUUUGAUGGGGGGUUUUUUUCGUUAUGACGUGGCAAAUUUUUGUUACCUGAAAAUUGGAUUUGUAGUUUGGAUAAGCUCUUUUUUGAAUUUAAAAAAUUCACUGUUUCAAAAAUGUUUUAAAUCAAAAUUUAAAAUCUAGAAAAAUGUUGGGUGGAAUUGUCAGGCUCCAAAAAUUUACUGUUUCAAAAAAUGUUCAAUUAAAUUCCUAAUUAUGAACAAUUAUUAUAUGUAAUUUUCUGCUUAACAAUUUUAAGCAAAAUUCAAACAAUAAAAAAAUUCACUGUUUCAUAAAAAUCAUGAAUUUUUUUUUGAAAAUUCGAAAAAAUAGUUGUCCCGGUUUUGGAAAUUUUCAAAUGUCAGUGUUGAAAAUUUGUGAGUUUGAUGAGGACUUUUUUUUUAGUUAUGACGUGGCAAAUUUUGGCACCUGAAAAUCGAAUUUGUAGCUUGGAUAAGCUCUUUUUUUGAAUUUAAAAAAUUCACUGUUUCAAAAAUGUUUGAACUCAAUUUCUAAUUUUUUUAAUUGUUGGGCUUUUUUGGCAUUCUUCAAAAAUUUCACUGUUUCAAAAAAUUUUCAAUUAAAUUUCUAAUUAUGAAAAAAUAUUAUAUAUAGCCCAAAAAUUGUAACCAAAAUUUAAAAACAAUAGAAUCUCAAUAUUUGAAAAAUUUCACUGUUUCAUAAAAAACAUAAAAAUUAUUUGAAAAUUACUCGUCUGUUUUUGGAAGUUUCAAAUAUCAGUGUUUAAAAUUUUUGAGUUUGAUGGGGAAUUUUUUUUAGUUAUGACGUGGCAAAUUUUUGAUACCUGGAAAUUGAUAUGGGAGCUCUCAAAGAUUGAAACUCAUUUUUUAAAAAAAUUAAAAAAUUCACUGUUUCAAAAAAUGUUCAAUUAAAUUUCGAUUGAAGAAAAAUAUUAUAUUGAGACGUUUAGCUUCAAAAUUUUAACCGAUUUUUCAAAAAAAAAGUUCGACAUUUGAUUUUUGAAAAAAUUCACUGUUUCAUAAAAUUCAUGAAAAUUAUUUGAAAAUUUUGAAAAUUGGUAUUUGAUUCUGGGUACUUUCAAAUGUCAGUGUUGAAAAUUUGUGAGUUUGAUGAGGACUUUUUUUGAGUUAUGACGUGGCUAAUUUUUGAUACUAGAAAAUUGAUAUGGGAGCUCUGGAAGCUUGAAACUCAUUUGAAAAAAAAAUUAAAAAUUAACUGUUUCAAAAUUUUCUAAUCUAAUUUUAAAAUCUAGAAAAUUGUUGGACAUGGCAUGCUCCAAAAAAUUUCACUGUUUCAAAAAAUGCUCAAUUAAAUUUCUAACUAUGAACAAAUAUUAACUGUAAUUUAGAGCUUAAAAAUUUUAACCGAAGUUUCAACACAUUUGAUUUUUGAAAAAUUUCACUGUUUCAUAAAAAUCAUGAAAUUUUUUUAAAUUAUGAAAAUUGUUAUCUGAUUUUUAGUAGUUUCGAAUGUUUGAAAUUUUUGAGUUUGAUGGGGAAAAUUUUUGAUACUAGAAAAUUGAAUUCGGAGCUUAGACCAGCUCAUUUUUGAAUUUAAAAAAUUCACUGUUUCGAAAUUUUUUGAUCUAAAUUUCUAAUUUAUUAAAUUGUUGGACAUUUUUGUCAUUCUUCAAAAUCUUCACUGUUUCAAAAAAUGUUCAAUCAAAUUUCUAAUUAUGAACUAAUAUUAUCUGUAAUCAUUAGCUUCAAAAUUUUAACCGAAACUUCAAAAGAAAAGUUCGACAAAAUUCACUGUUUCAUAAAAAUCAUGAAUUUUUUUAUUGAAAAAUUUUGAAAACUGUUAUCUAAUUUUUGGUAGUUUCAAAUGUCAGUGUUGAAAGUUUGUUAGUUUGAUGGGGGAUUUUUUUGAGUUAUGACGUGGCAAAUUUUUGAUACCUGAAAAUCGAAUUUGGAGCUUAGACCAGCUCAUUUUUGAUAUUAAAAAAUUCACUGUUUCAAAAAUGUUUUAAUCUAAAUUUAAAAUCUGGAAAAUUGUUGGGUGGUGUUUUCAGGUCCCAAAAAUUUACUGUUUCAAAAAAUGUUCAAUUAAAUUUCUAAUUAUGAACAAUUAUUAUAUGUAAUUUUCAGCUUUAAAAUUUUAACCAAUUUUUCAAAAAAAAAGUUCGACAUUUGAUUUUUGAAAAAAUUCACUGUUUCAUGAAAAUCAUGAAAUUUUUUUGAAAAUGUUGAAAAUUAUGAAAAUUGUUAUCUAAUUUUUAGUACUUUCAAAUGUCAGUGUUAAAAAUUUGUGAGUUUGAUGAGGACUUUUUUUUUUGGUUAUGACGUGGCAAAUUUUUGAUACCUGAAAAUCGAAUUUGUAGCUUGGAUGAGCUCUUUUUUGAAUUUAAAAAAUUCACUGUUUCAAAAAUUUUUUAUUCUAAAUUUGAAAUAUAGAAAAUUGUUGGGUGGUAUUGUCAGGCUCCAAAAAUUUAACUGUUUCAAAAAAUGUUCAAUUAAAUUUCUAAUUAUGAAACAAUAUUGGAAUAGCUGAAUUUUUGGUCUGAAAAUUUUAAUCAAAAUUUCAAAAAAAUAGAAUCUUAAUUUUUGAAAAAAUUCACUGUUUCAUAAAAAUCAUGAAAUUUUUUUUUAGAAAAUUCUAAAAUUUUUUAUCUGAUUUUUAGUAUUUUCAAAUGUCAGUGAUGAAAAUUUGUGAGUUUGAUGGGGAAUUUUUUUGAGUUAUGACGUAGCAAAUUUUGGAUACUAGAAAAUUGAUAUAGGAAAACUUGAAACUCAUUUUUGAGGAAAAAAUUCACUGUUUCAAAAUUGUCUAAUCUAAUUUUCUAAUUUUCUUAGUUGUUUGACCUUUCAAUCUCACCUUCCCAAAAAUCUACUGUUUCAAAAAAUGCUCAUCUCGAUUUUGAAUCAUGAAAAAAUGUUAAAGAACCAUAUUUUUGUUUCAAAAGUUUGAGCGAAUUUUCAAAAGAAAAAUCCGAAAAAAUUCACUGUUUCAUAAAAAUCAUGAACAUUUUUCGGAAAUUUCAAAAAAUCAUGAACAUUUUUCGGAAAUUUUGAAAAAUAGUGCCACGUCAUAUCCAUCAAAUUUGAUCUGUCACCACAAUUGUCUAUAGCUCAAUUACCGCAAGCUUCCGGAAGCUUCCGCGUGGCGUAAGCCCAAACUUAAUCAAGUUUUUUUUCCAGACCUACCGCUGUCUCUUCGGCCCCCAUUACACCAAAGCAGUUUGGACCAGUUCCGGAAUAACCUGCGCUUCUAAAUCCCACGAAAACGCUGAAAAUCUCGAAUUAUCCCUCCAAACCUCGCUAUCAACGAAAAACAUUGUGACAACAAAUUUCACAAUCUUUGAUUGCUCCCAAUUCCAAACUUGCUCACUUUGCUCAACUUCGAAAUUUGAUUGUCAAUGGUGUCCCGCAAAUCAUAAAUGCACUGCAAACUCGAAAUGUCCCAGCGAAUCGACUGAUAAAUGUGUGAAACUUCGACCAAUUACGAUUCCGAUUGCAUUGGGAUCCAAGCAGAAGAUCACAUUGACUGGAGAGAAUUUGGGAACCCUGGAUAAGUCGCAGAAUUAUUCCUGUGUUUUGCAAAUUGCUGGGCAGAAUUUGACUUCUAAAGCGAAAAUUGGGGAUUUGAAUGUGAAGUGUAGUGAGCUGCAACUUGAAGCUUCAUCUUCGGAACUCAAAGCGUCGGACUUAAUGGUCCCGAUGAUUCUCAAAAGUUCCCAAGGAAAUAUUAUUGAUAUCACAAACAUCUCAUUAUAUUCCUGCUCCAACAUGGCUUCGGAUUGCUCGAGUUGUUUAUCCCUUUCCCCCAACCUGAAUUGUGGAUGGUGUAAUUCGAAAUGCUCACAUGAUUGUGCACCAACAACCAAAAUACAUGUAUGCGAUCCACCGCAAAUUUUGAGAAUCGAGCCUGAGAGUGGGCCGGUUGAAGGUGGAACUUUGAUUCGAAUUUGGGGAAAAGAUUUGGGAAUGAGUGUGGAGGAUGUGAGGGGAAAGGUGAGGUUUUUUUGGGGCGGAUUUAAAAUCUAGAAAAUUUACUAAAAUAUUAUGAUUUGAAAAUUUCGAAAAUCUACUGUUUCAAAAAUUGUUCAUGUAAUUUUUCUGAUUUGAAAAAUUGAUUUUUGAUGCCUAAGCUUUCGGAAUUCAAAAAAAUCGAUUUAUAUAAUUUUUUAUUUCACAAAAAAAUUACUGUUUCAGAAGUUGUUCUUCUAUUUAAAUUUCUGGUUAUAGAAAUUGUUUUUUUUUUCAAAUUUCUCUAUUGACAGAAAAAUUUAUUUUUAAAUUUCACAAAAAAUUAACUGUUUCAAAAAAUUAUUCAUCUAAAUUUUUCAUUUUGAAGAUUGUUCCUUCAAUGCUAUUAGCUUGAAUUGAAAAAAAUCGAUGUUAAAAUUUUUCGCAUUUUCUUGGUCCAAAAUUCAAAUCAAUUUUUUUAAAAGUGUAAGGUGUAGAAUCUAGAAAAUUUACCCAUUCCAAAUUCCAUGAUUUGAAAAUUUCAUUGGAAAAUUUACUGUUUCAAAAAAUAUUCAUCUAAAUUUCUGAUUUUGAAAAAUUGUUUUUUCAAUUUUCUCUAUUUGGAUUGACAGAAAAAAUCGAUUUAUUUAAUUUUCACAUUUUUCAAAAAUUAACUGUUUCAAAAAUUAUUCAUCUAAAUUUUUGAUUUUGAGAAUUGUUUUCUACAUCUUCCUGGUAUCCUGGUAUAUGUAAUUGAAAAAAAUAGUUUUUUAAAUUUUUCCAAAGUUUACUGUUUCAAAAAUUAUUCAUACAAUUUUCUGAUUUUGAAAAAUUUUUGCUGCUUAACUAUUAGCUUGAAGUCUAAAAAAAUUGAUUUAUUCAAUUUUCAUGAAACUGAAAUUUCAGUUUAACAAAAUUAUUCAUCUAAAUUUUUUACUUUGAAAAUUGUUUGAUCAAUCUAAGUACCUUUCGGAAUUCCAAAAAAAAUCAAUAAAUAUAUAAUUUUCAAUUUCACAAAAAUUUAACUGUUUCAAAAAAUUUUUAUCUGAGUUUUUGAUUUUGAAAAUUGUUCGGUCAAUGGUAGCUUGAAAUGAAAAAAAUCGAUUUUUAAAUUUUUCGCAAUUUUUUUUGGUCCGAAAGAAUCUAGAAAAUUUACCUAUUGAAAUUCCAUUUUCAAAAAUUUCAAAAAUUAUUCAUCUGAAUUUGUGAUUUGAAAAAUUGUUUUAUGAUUACUAAGCUUUCGGAAUUCAAAAAAAUCAAUAUAUAUAUAUAUAUAUAAUUUUCUAUUUCACAAAAAAUUAACUGUUUCAAAAAUUAUUCAUCUAAAUUUCUGAUUUUGAAAAAUUGUUUUGCCCAACUAUUUUUUUCCCCAGCAAAAUAAUUGAAAAAAAAAUCAAUAGUCAAAUUGUUCGCAAAAUUUCAAGCUUUCUGAAGGUGUAAACUAGAGUAUCGUUGUCAUUUAGAAAACUUCAAACGAUACUCCAGGUUUACACCCUUGGCAACGCUAGAAAAUUAGGGAAAGUAAGCGAGUCCCGCCGAAUUUUAAAAAAAAUUUCUGAACCUCUUCAUUUUUCAGAUCUACAUCGCCGGUUCGCGCUGUGACGUCAUCGACUAUCAAAUCUCCAACAUGAUCGCAUGCCGUGUUGACAAAGGAACAGCUUCCGGACCAAUAAAAGUAUCAGUCGGCCGAGUAUCCAUGGCCACAGCAGAAUCCACCCAAUAUUAUUCAUUUGUCAAAGUUGCCAUCUUCUCAGCCUAUCCACUUUUUGGACCGCUUUCCGGUGGAACUAAGAUCACAUUAUAUGGGCAACAUCUUGAAGUUGGAUCUGAACUUCGGAUAACUAUUGGGAAUUUACCGUGUAAAGUUCUGGAGCCUAGGAAUUCGACAUCUACGAUUAGUUGUAUUACUCCACCUGGAAUUAUUGUUGGAAAAUCAUCGAGAGUUGUUGUAUCGAUUGAUGAAUCAAAUGUGAUUCUGGAUCAGAUGUUUGAAUAUCGACCCGAUCCUACGAUAUCUAAUAUAUAUCCACUUGAGAUGUUCAAGGCUGGCGGCCGGAUCUUACAAGUUCAGGGGCAGAAUUUAGAUGUGACACAGGUUGCCAAGAUCUAUUUGCUCAACUCGUUCAAUCCGCCGUUUGCCAUAGCUUCCGAACUUCGACAAUGUCAAGUGUUGAAUUCAACGCUGAUGAAUUGCGCGGCUCCGCGAGUUUAUGAGAAUUCGAAUUGGCGUGCGGAUUAUUCGCGACUUCCUGUCGGAUUUUUGAUGGAUAAUGUGACGAGUGUUCAGAAUUUGGGGCGGAGACUUCAGAUGAGCGUGAAACCGAAUCCACAAUUGAGCCCGUUUAGGGGAAUACGGUAUCAUCAAGGAGAGCAGCCGUUGAUAUUGGAUGGAGUGAAUUUGAAUCUGGCGGCUGAGCCUGCGGAUUUUAAGGUAGGGGUUUGGGAAAUUUUUUUGAAAAAUUAAAAAAAUUCACUGUUUCAAAAAAUUGGGAAAUAUUUUGAGGAAAUUUUUUCGCAGAUCUCAGCAGGUUUUUGUUCGCAGAUAUCAGCAAAAGUGAAGAUUUUUUGAACCCCGGUUGAACCAGAAAGAUUUCUCAAAUUUUUUUGGUGUUUUUAUUCAAAUAUCAGAAAAAAUAUUAAAUUUGAGAAAAUUCAGAAAUAAAAUUGACUGUUUCAAAAAAUUGUGAAAUAUUUUGGGGAAGUUUUUUUUGUAGUUCAUUUGCAAAUUGAAUUCUAUAACAAUUUUUAUUGAAUCUAUAGGUCUCCUAAAUUUUAAGAAAAAUUAUUAGAUUUUUCAAAUUGAACCAGCAAAAAUGCAAAUUUUUUGAACCCCAAAAAUCAGCUAAAAACUGUUUUUCUUCAAAAUUAAAAUAUCAGAAAAAAUAAUAAAUUUGAGAAAAUUCAGAUAUAAAACUCACUGUUUCAAAAAAUUGAGAAAUAUUUUGAGGAAUUUUUUUUUUUUGUAGUGCGUUUUCUGAAUCUGGGGUUCUAUAACAUUUUUAUUGAAUUUAUGGGCUCCUAAAUUUUAAGAAGAAUUGUAGAAUUUUCAAAUUAAACCAGAAAAAUUCCACUUUUUUGAACCCUGAAAAUCAGCUCAAAACUUUUUCCUCAAAAUUCAAAUAUCAGAAAAAAUAUUAAAUUUGAGAAAAUUCAGAUAAAAAAUUCACUGUUUCAAAAAAUUGUGAAAUUUUUUGGGGAAGUUUUUUUUGCAGUUCGUAUGCAAAUUGAAGUUCCAUAAUACAUUUUUAUUGAAUUUUAUGGGUCUCCUAAAUUUUAGGAAAAAUUGUAGAAUUUUCAAAUUGAACCAGAAAAAAUUCCACAUUUUUUGAAUCCCGAAAAUCAGCUCAAAACUUUUUUCUUCAAAAUUCAAAUAUCAGAAAAAAUAUUAAAUUUGAGAAAAUUCAGAAAUAAAAUUCACUGUUUCAAAAAAUUGUGAAAUAUUUUGAGGAAAUUCUUUGAGGAAGUUUUUUUGUAGUGAGUCGUCUGAAAACAGUUCCAUAAUAAUUCUAUUGAAUCUAUGGACCUCUAAAUUUUAGGAAAAAUUGUAGAAUUUUCAAAUUAUACCACGAAAAUUCCAAAUUUUUUGAACUCCAAAAACCAGCUUCAAAGUUUUUUUCUUCAAAAUUCAAAUAUCAGAAAAAAUAUUAAAUUUGAGAAAAUUCAGAAAUAAAAUUCACUGUUUCAAAAAAUUGUGAAAUUUUUUGGGGAAUUUUUUUUUGUAGUUCGUUGUCUAUAAAUUGAAUUCUAUAAUAAUUCUAUUGAUUUCAUGAGUCCCCUCAAUUUUUAAGAAAAUUAUUAGAAUUUCCAAAUUAUACCACGAAAAUUUCACAAUUUUUUAACCCUAAAAAUCAGCUAAAAACUUUUUUUUCAAAAUUUAAAUAUCAGAAAAAAAUAUUAAAUUUGAGAAAAUUCAGAAAUUUGAGAAAAUUCAGAAAGAAAAUUGACUGUUUCAAAAAAUUGUGAAAUAUUUUUUUUUAUUGAAAUUUUAUUGAAACAUUUUUAUUGAAUUUAUGGGUCCCCUAAAUUUUAAGAAAAUUAUUAGAAUUUCCAUUUUGAACACUGAUUGAACCAGAAAAAUUUCCACAUUUUUUGAACCCCAAAAUCAGCUAAAAAUUUUUUUUUUCAAUAUUCAAAUAUCAGAAAAAUAUUAAAUUUGAGAAAAUUCAGAAAUAAAAUUCACUGUUUCAAAAAAUUGGGAAAUAUUUUGGGGAAUUUUUUGUUAUAGUUCGACUUCCACAUUUUUUGAACCCUAAAAAUCAGCUUAAAAGUUUUUUUUCAAAAUUCAAGUAUCAGAAAAAAUAUUAAAUUUGAGAAAAUUCAGAUAUAAAAUUCACUGUUUCAAAAAAUUGUGAAAUAUUUUGAGGAAGUUUUUUUUGUAGUUCAGCUUCAUACCGUUCCAUGAUAAUUCUAUUGAAUCUAUGGGUCCCCUAAAUUUUAAGAAAAAUUAUAGAAUUUUCAAAUUGAACCACAAAAAGUUCCACAUUUUUUGAACCCCAAAAAUGAGCUUAAAAGUUUUUUUUCAAAAUUCAAAUAUCAGAAAAAAUAUUAAAUUGUGAAAAUUCAGAAAUAAAAUUCACUGUUUCAAAAAAUUGUGAAAUAUUUUGGGGAAGUUUUUUCGCAGAUCUCAGCAGGUUUUUUUUCGCACAAACCCCAAAAGUUUACCCGAAAGUGUAUUUUUCUUCAAUAUUCAAAUAUCAGAAAAAAUAUUUGAGAAAAUUCAGAAAAAAUGCACUGUUUCAAAAAAUUGUGAAAUUUUUUGGGGAAUUUUUUUUUCAGUUUGGUUUUCAUAAUACUGUUUCAUAAUAAUUGAAUCUAUGGGUCCCCUAAAUUUUAGGAAAAAUUAUUAGAAUUUCCAAUUUGAACCAGAAAAAAUUUCACAUUUUUUGAACCCUAAAAAUCAGCUUAAAAGUUUUUUUUCAAAAUUAAAAUAUCAGAAAAAAUAUUAAAUUUGAGAAAAUUCAGAAAUAAAAUUCACUGUUUCAAAAAAUUUUCGAGUCGAACGAAUUUCGAAAUUCGAAAAAAAAUUAUGGAAAAAUUCUGAAACGUAUUUUUAUCGGGGCUUUCGAGCGGAGCGAGUGUAGACCGCAAGCUUCCGCGUAAGCGGCACUAUCUUCCGCGCAGCGGCCACGUGGAUUGCUAUGUCGUGGAAACUGCAGCAACGCGGAAGCUUGCGGUCUACACUAUUAUUUUGUCCGAGCGGAGCGAGUGUAGACCGCAAGCUUCCGCGUAGCGGCGAAGUUAGCCUAACUCCUAUAGCCUAACCUCAUUUUUUUGCAGAUCUUCAUCGGUUCCGAAAGAUGCUACGUGACUUUAGUCGACAUCAAACAACUCGUAUGCUCCGGACCUCUAAAACAACCAAAACCAACUGAUGAAAGAGGACAACCAAUAACUGGAGAACUUCCACCGGUUACUGUAAUUAUUGGAACAAUUCGAAGUGAAUUGGGACUUAUCGAAUAUUCAAAUCAAAAUAAUGCACAUAGGUUAACUUGGAUGAUUUUUGGACUUCUGGGUUUUAUUAUUUUGCUAUUGGGAAUAAUGUGUGGAAUUUGGAAAAGGAGACGAAAUGAAAAGGAAAAAGAAUAUAAAAAAAUACAAUUGCAAAUGGAAAAUUUGGAGAAUAAUGUGAGAAAAGAGUGUAAACAAGCUUUUGCUGAACUUCAGACAAAUCUCAUUUUAUCGCCGGCGAAGAAUUCGACAAGAACUGCACCGGAAUUUAUGCAUUUCCCGCAUUUUGUAGAGAAUCUCCUGUGGUCGGAUAGCACUUUGACUUCGGCGCCGAGUUUGACACGAACUCUUCCCGUCACUUUGGCACAGUUUCAUGCUUUGUUGAGUUUCAAGAAUUUUAUUUUUAGGUUGGUGACGUUUUUUUUUUUGAAAAAUUUCCUGUUUUUUGACACCAAGCAUGACUACAGUACCCCCGAACUGCAAAAAGUUUUUAUUGUUUGCAGUUUGGAAUACUGUAACUUGGAAAAUUGAGAUAUUUUAAGAUACAGUAGCCCGAACUGCAAAUAUUUCGGAUUUUUUUGUUUGCGGUUUGAAUACGGUAUCUUGAAUGAAUUGAAAUGUUCAGUUACAGUAAGCCGGACUGCAAAAGGUUUUGAUUUUUUCAAAUCUACAGUAACUUGGACUUUUCCUGAAUAUUCGAAUUUUUCGCGAAAUUUUCUGUUUUUUGACACCAAACAUGACUACAGUACCCCCGAACUGCAAAAAGUUUUGAUUUUUUGCAGUUUGGAAUACUGUAACUCGAAUUUUGUGACAGUUUUGCAGAUCGGAUUACUGUAACUUGAAGAAAUUCAGAAUAUCAAGCUACAGUAACCCGGACUGCAAAAUUUGAAACUGUUUUGCAGUUUGGAUUACUGUAAAUCGACAAUUUUCGAAAAAUGUUAAAUACAGUAACCCGAACUGCAAAAAGUUUUGAUUUUUCGCAGUUUGGAAUACGGUAACUCGACAAUUUAAAAAAAUUCGGCUACAGUAACCCGAACUCCGAAUUUUUCAAGUUUUCAUUCUGUAGCUCAAAAAUUUGGGCGUUUUUUGAGUUACAGUACUCCGAACUGUAAAUUUUGAAACAAUUCUCAAAAAAAUGUGGCUACAGUAACCUGGACUGCAAAAAUUUCAUAUUUUCAAUGGAUUUUUGCAGUUUGUUGUACUGUACGUGAAAAAUCCAAUAUUUUAAUCUACAGUAACCCGAAAAAACAUUCAGAUUUUGUCGAGUUUUUGCAGUUUGGAUUACUGUAACCUCAACAUCCUUGAAGCUAAAAAAAGUUUUGGCUCCAAAAGUUGAUGUACAGAAAAAAUAGACGCGAAAUGUUGAUCUACAGUAACCUGGGGGGUACUGUAGAUCAAUAUGUGACGAAAAAUUUUCAUAAUUUGAAAAAAAUUCCCUAUUUUCAGCAUCGUCGAAGCUGCUGAAACUGAUGUCUCGAUUUCCGCGACUGAAAGAUCAAUGUUGGCUUCGCUUCUGAUUUCAGUAUUAUUGAGGAACUUCGGAUAUUGCACUGAAAUAGUUCUAGAUCUUCUUCGAAUUCACAUCGCAAGAGCAGUUCAGAAUAAAAAAUCGGAACUUUUGUUCAGAAACAGUGAAUCAGUGGUUGAAAAAAUGUUGGCAAAAUGGUUGAGUAUUUGUUUAUAUUCACAUAUCACUCCACAAAUGAAUUCAUUCUAUUAUUUGUAUAAAGCAUUGCAAUAUCAAACAGAAAAAGGGCCAGUUGAUGCAGUGACUGGAGAUGCACGAUAUACUAUAAAUGAGAGUCGAUUAUUGAGAGAAACUGUCGAAUCGUCAACUAUGAUUAUAUUGGUUUCAGCUGCGGAUUGCUCCACUGAAAAUGAAGAAGUUUUUGAGGUGGAAGUUCAUGCGUGUGAUGCGAUUUGUCAGCUGAAGCAGAAAGUGGCUGCGGUGGUUUAUAGGGAUACACCGUAUUCGCAGAGGCCUAGAAUUAGUCAAUUUGAACUUCGUGAGUUUUUGGGGGGGAUGCGGAAGCUUGCGGUCUAAUAAUGUUGACCGCAAGCUUCUUCCGCGAGGCGCUAGAAUUUAGCUUUUCUGGAAAAUCUAGAAAGUUGGGGUACAUUUGCCGCUUCGCGGAAGCUUGCGGAAGCGGAAGCUUUGAGGAACGCUAUUUUAACGUGGCCGCUACGCGGAAGCUUGCGGUUUACACUCGCUCCGCUCGGAUAAAACGUGGUAUUUUUUGGCGCCAAAAAAAAAAUACAGUAGGAAACUUGAGUUUCAAGAAAUUAUGGAUUUCGCGCUAAAAAAUUGAUGUGUAACAUUUUUUUUGAAAAUUCAAAUUUUGAUUUUUAGCGCUAAGAAGUUCACGUGGCAUUUUUCAACGAGAAAAUUUUGAAUUUUGAAAUUUUUUGCUUUUUUGGCGCCAAAAAAUACAGUAGAAAAUUAAAUUUUAAAAAAUUCGGGAUUUCGCGCCAAAAAUUUAUGUGUAUCAUUUUUUCUCAUGCUUUUGUUUUGAAAAUUCAAAUUUAGAUUUUAGCGCUAAAAAAUUCACGUGGCAUUUUUUUGGCGCGAAAAUUUGUAGAUUUGAAAAUUCUGCUUUUUUGGUGCCAAAAAAAAACAGUAGAAAAUUUAAAUUUAAAAAAAUUCGGGAUUUCGCGCCAAAAAAUUGAUGUGUAACAUUUUUUUUUUGAAAAUUCAAAUUUUGAUUUUUAGCGCUGAGAAAUUCACGUGGAAUUUUUUGGCGCGAAAAUUUGAAGAUUUGAAAAUUCUGCUUUUUUGGCGCCAAAAAAUACAGUAGGAAAUUUAAAUUUAAAAAAAAUUCGGGAUUUCGCGCCAAAAAAUUGAUGUGUAACAUUUUUUUUUGAAAAUUCAAAUUUUGAUUUUUAGCGCUAAGAAGUUCACGGGGCACUUUUGGCGCGAAAAUUUGAAGAUUUGAAAAUUCUGCUUUUUUGGUGCCAAAAAAUACAGUAGAAAAUUUAAAUUUAAAAAAUUAAGGAUUUCGCGCCAAAAAAUUGAUGUGUAACAUUUUUUUUUUGAAAAUUUAAAUUUUGAUUUAUAGCGCUAAUAAAUUCACGUGGCAUUUUUUGGCGCGAAAAUUUGAAGAUUGAACUAUUUUCCGCGCAGCCGCGAAGUUACGCGAAUUCCUCUAACAACCCAAACCUCUUCUUCUUCUUCUUCUUCUUUGAAUUUCGAUUUUUCAGAGCUGAAAAAUGGUGUAAAACUCCAAGAAGUGUUGAACGAUCGAACUUCAAAAGGACCACAAAAACUUCAAACUUUGGCUGAUUAUAAUGUGAUUCAGGGAACAUGGAUGCAAUUGAUACCGGCUUUGUAUACAGCGAGUAGUUAUAGAAGUGAGUUGCUUUUUUGAGAAGCGAAAAGUUAGCCUAACUUUCUAGAACCUCAAAAUCUAUGACCGGAAAAAUUACGUUUCAAAAUUUUUUUUGAAAAAUUUCUGAAAUUCAAUUUUUUUUUUUGGAAAAAAUGGUCUCUGAAAAUUUUUUUUGGAAAAGUUAUCCUAACUUUUUAGAUUAUCCCAAAGAAGUUAGAGUAACCUUAAAAUCUAUGACCGGAAAAAUUACGUUUCAAAAUUUUUAUGAAAUUGGCAGAGCUCUGAUUAGAAGAUGGUGAUUUCAAAAAUAAAAGAAUGAAAUAGAAGUAUACUGGAAAAUGCUCAAUUUUGAGCUGAAAAAAUUAUUCAGAAAUGUUCUCCUGGAAAUUUCAAAGGCCUAUUUGAAAUUCUGAAAUUCAAAAUUUUUUUUUGAAAAAAAAUGGUCGCUGAAAAUUCGCGCAGCUAGGAAGUUAGGCUAACUUCUUACGCGGAAGCUUGGAUUCGAGCGGAGCGAGUGUAGACCGCAAGCUUCCGCGUAAGCGGCACUAUCUUCCGCGCAGCGGCAGUUACUCUAACUUUCUAGAUUAGCCAAUGAAGUUGGGGUACCUUAAAAUCUAUGACCGAAAAAAUUACGUUUCAAAAUUUUUAUGAAAUUGGCAGAGCUCUAAUUAGAAGAUGGUGCUUUCAACAAAAAAUAAUGAAAUAGAAGUAUACUGGAAAAUGCUCAAUUUUUGGUCCAAAUCAAUUUUUGAGCUGAAAAAUAUAUUCAGAAAUUUUCUCCUGGAAAUUUCAAAAACCUAUUUGAAAUUCUGAAAUUCAAAUUUUUUUUUUGAAAAAAAAGUGGUCUCUGAAAAUUUGCGCAGCUAGGAAGUUAGGCUAACUUCUUACGCGGAAGCUUGCAUUCGAGCGGAGCGAGUGUAGACCGCAAGCUUCCGCGUAAGCGGCACUAUCUUCCGCGCAGCGGCCUCGCCUUGAACCCUAUGUGAACCCUAAGCCUAGAGCUCGAGCGCUUUGCGUGAGUGUAAACCGCAAGCUGCCGCGUAAGCGGCUCCGCGGAUAACUAGACAAAAAAAUUUUUAAAAAAAGUUUGCCCCGAGCAGAACCCGAACUCGCGUCUUCUGAUCACCAGCAAAACACUCUACCACUGAACCAGCCACGCUUUUUUGAAUGCGCCUCAAAUUUAGUUGAAAAACUAACGUUUUUUAAUCGAGCGGAGCGAGUGUAGACCGCAAGCUUCCGCGUAAGCGGCACUAUCUUCCGCGCAGCGGCAAUUACCCUAGUUUUUUAGGUUCGCCAAAGAAGUUAGGCUAACUUAGACUCUGCAUAACUUUUAUUUAAUUCCAGAUUCCCUCGCUGAUUCUGGCCAAUCUUCGUGGUCUUCCCUGGACAGAGUUUCCCCAAUUUAUUCGUCUUCAAAAUAUUAUCAUCUCUCAAAUCCAUCAACAUCUCAUCAAACUCUCAAAAAAUCCUCUCAAAACAUUCCAAAAAGUAUUCCGGAAGUCUAUCUGACAAGAUUGUUAACAAGCAAAGGAACAGUUCAAACAUAUGUCGAAGAUUUCUUGGAAUCUGUCCUCUACUUCAAUAAUCCCGAUUUCCCGCCAAUUCUCAAACAUUUUUUCGAUCUUCUGGAUCGAGAAGCUGCCAUAAAUUCGGUAUCAGAGAAUAUUUGCCAACAAUGGAAAGCCAAUGGAUAUGUUUUGAGGGUUUGGGCGAAUUUUGUGCGAAAUCCCCAAUUGAUUUUCGAUGUUCCACAUUCGGUUUCAAUGGAUGCCAAUUUGUCGACUAUUGCUCAGACUUUGGUAAGUUUUUUAUUGAAAAUUUGAAUUUUUUGCAAAAUUUCGAGUUUUUUGACACCAAACAUGACUAAAAUGCAAGAAAACUGAGAUUUUUUGCAGUCUGGGUUACUGUAGUUCAAAAAAAUUUUUAGGAGCACAUUUUCGAAGCUUUAAGUUACAGUAUCCGAACUGCAAAAUUACUGAACCCCAAGAUUUUUUGCAGUCCGGGUUACUGUAGUUCAAAAAUCUUGUAGUUUGAGUUACUGUAGUUUGAAAAUAUGCAUUUUUCAAGCUACAGUAUCCCGGACUGCAAAAAAUUUAGACUCCAAAAUUUUCAGAUUUUGUACAGUAACUCAAAAAAGUCCAAUUUUUGACCUACAGUACUCCGAACUGCAAAAAUGCUGGUUUUUGCAGUUCGGAUUACUGUAACACGAAAAAUUUUCAAUGGAAUUUCUACUCAAAUUAUGUAAAGAUCCGAGAUUUUUGAGCUACAGUAUCCCGAACUGCAAGAAAUCUCGAUUUUUUGCAGUUCGGAUUACUGUAUAACUGAACAUUUGAAAAAUUCUCAAAAAUUUGAACUACAGUAACCCGAACUGCAAGAUCUUAGAGCUACAGUAAUCCAAACUGCAAGAAAAUUCGAUUUUUUGCAGUUCUGAAAUGGAUUUUUGAAUUACAGUAACCAGAACUGAAAAAUUUAGAAAUUGUUAGUAGUUCGGGUUACGGUAGCUUGAAAAAUUCCAGAAUUUUUCAAGCUACAGUAGUCCGGACUGCAACAAAUCCUGGGUUUUCAAAAAACAAAAUCACGAAUCUUCGAGAUACAGUAAUCCGGACUGCAAAAAACUACAGUAACCCGAACUGCAAAAAAAAUCAAUAUUUUGUUUUGCAGAUGGAUUGUUUCUCAUUUUCCGAGCCAAUUUUGGGUGCACAUUCACCAUCAUCUCGUUUAUUAUUCGCCAAAGAUGUCGCCAAACUCCGCCCACUUUCAGUCGAUCUUUUUAAGCGAGUCAAAAAUUCGACGAGUCUGGGAAUUGAUGAAUUGAGAGCUGAAAUGGUCAAUAUGGCUAAUGUGAGUUGUGAUGCGGAAGCGGAAGGUUUCCGCGCAAGCGGAAGAGUUUUAGCCUAACUUCUUUGGAUUAUCUGGAGAAAGUUAGGCUAACUUUGAAACAAAGUUAGGGUAAAUUUACUCACAGUAAGCCUAGAUCUAUAAAUUUAGGGUAACUUUGCCGCUGCGCGGAAGAUUGUGCCGCUUACGCGGAAGCUUGCGGUUUAUCAAAAUUUUUGGUGGGAAACUGAAUUUAUUUACAGUUAGAACUAGGGAAUAAUUUUCAGCCCAAAAAAAAUUUUUGAAAAAAAUUUUACUGAAUAUUUUUUUAGAGUUUACAGUAACUAAAAAAAUGUUUUUAGUUAAAUUUUACAUAUGACAAAAGCCAAUACGUCAUCAAAUAAUUUUGCAAAAUUUUUUCUCAAAUAAAUUUUUUGCAACGUAUUUUUUCGAGGUUAUUUUCUGGAGACCCUAACUUUCUGGAUUUUCCAAAAACUUAGGCUAACUUCAGAAUCCCCCCAAUUUAUUUCCAGGAUGUCUCCACUUGCAAAGGCUCCUCCCUGGCUCUCUCCGAACUGUUAUCCUGGGUUCGAGGCAACGGAAUUCGCAUAAGUCAAAUUCUUCAAUCCUCACCGGAAUCGAUGGAGCAACGUUUGCCGCAGAAGUUAUCGCAAGUCUUGAAUGUUUGCCUUGAAACCGAUAAUCAUAUUUAUUCAACGAUUUCUGAUUAUGACUUAGGCUAA